AUGAUCCCUACCACUUCCAAGAUUGUUUGGCCAACUACUACAGCGUCCCUCUGCGAAUUACUCGAGGUCGAUACCGACGUGAAGAAAUGCCAUGCCUUGACGAAGAAGAAUGCUCGUUGCAAAAACAACAUCAGCCAAGCCAACUCUACACUUAUUACUUGUCUUCUGAAAAAAGUCAUUGUCCAUGGAAGCUUCUCUGCUGCUCAGACCGCACUUGAAGAAGUCUCUGACUUGAUUAUGUGUAGGCAUCGUCAUCGACAAGACGGUCCCCUUCGUCUGGCCCAGUGGGCGGAGAUUCUUAAGCCCCUUGAGGUUGUGCUUAUCAAGAAAGAAGACACCAAAGACACUCUCAAACCCGAUGAAGAAAUAGUUAAUGCAUCACCAACUACUCCUGUUAUGUCCUUCCAACAACAGGUUCAACCCAAGAGCGAAACUCCCAAGCCCACUACCACUUCUCGUCGCAGAUCUCAGUCAUCCCCUUCUACCCCAUCAAAAUCGUCCCCAAAGCUUCUCCUACCCAAACUACAUUCGCCCAAAAGUCCCAAAUCCGCACAUGAAUUCGAGGACUUCUCCCAUCCCCGCUCGACCCUAGAGACCAACAAAGCAAUGAAGAAGCUACUCCUUCGCUCCUUGCAGGAAGAGGAGACAAAACAUGGAGGUUACAUCUACCUCUAUACCUAUUCUGAGAGCUACCACGACGCACAUCCUUAUAUCAAGAUAGGCUUUGCUCAGGACGUCGGUAGGCGUAUGCGAGAAUGGAAAUACCAGUGCGGCUACGAGGCCAAAGUGCUCGGUGAGUUUCUGGCCGAGCACUACGUCAAGGUUGAGAAAAUUGUACAUGCUCAGCUCUGGAACCAAAGAAAGCGAGAAAAAGGAUGCCCAGCUUGCAACAUUCGCCACAAGGAGUGGUUCAAGGUCGACGCUAUGACUGCCUCAAAGAUCAUUGCUCUGUGGACUGGCUGGAUGAGACAGGAGCCAUAUGAUGAAGAGGGAAAUAUCCUGGAUAAGUGGCGUGUUAGAAUUGAAGGCCUUGACAUGGCUGAUCCUGAUUGUUGGGACUUGCUUAUCAAGGGGCUUUUUGAUGGCGAUGUCGAAGAGUCUGAGCUGUCCGAAGAGGGAGAUAGCUUUGCGUGGUCGAGUGAUGAGCAGUCCAAUAUCUCUGAAGAAGAUGCACUCGAGGAUUAUGAUACUAACAAAUCUGAGAUUUCUCUCACUGACGACGAAUCUGACGAUGAGGUAUCUGUGGGAGAUGACGAUGAGUGA